AUGGCUCCAACGAUAGAGAAUACACAGGAGGAAGACCAUAGCCCCCACUCGUCCGACGACAGCAGCGCCAUAUACAGCAAAAGACAACUCAGCAAUCUUCCAGUAGGAAAUGGAGAAAGGGGUGGCAAUGCAAAUUCACCAUUUGAUGAUUUACCUGUAGAAAUAGACUUAAGCAUCUUGAAAGACCCACCACCCGAUCCACUCACCCCGGAUUCUAAAUUCUGCAUAGCCCUACUCAGUCUAGGUCCCCCACUAGGCAGGCAGUACAUUGAAUGCCUGGAAACGCCUUCUACUCCUCAAGUCGCCGCUUCUGCAGUUAUGGGUAUUCUUAGCAUUUUACUCAGUCUAGGAGCAAUCAUUCGGAUUAUUAGAAAAUCAAUCAAGAUACAAUUACGCGUAAUUAGAUAA